ACAUACCCCAAGUGUUGUUUUGACUCAUUCAUGCCUGAGAAAUCCUUAAAUCUCCCAUGGCAACCAUUCUGGUUGCCUGAACGCUUGGUCUCACUGAGCGCCGCACAUAUUUCCACAAAGCUCCUCCUCUAAACUUCCACCUCACAGAGCAUCUCUCCCCCGAUAUUGCCCCACUUGACUCCUUCAGACUAGCGUCAGCAGCAAUUAGCAGACACUUGGUGAAACUGCGGUGCUGCUGAGCUCAUUGUCAUAGGAACAACUUCUCAGUGCAACACUGAAAAAAAAAAAUCGUGGAGAAACUGUUGUGAUGACGUGCUGAAGGCGACGUGUCAGAAAGAGCGCUAGCUUGAGACAAAAUGUUAAAUUGCAUUGUCGCAUUUCUUUUAACUUAUGCUUGAUAUACAUACUAUAUCUUUUAGUUACUGAAGGUUGCAAAAUGACCUGAUUGUGUUAUAAAAUUGUACCAUGUGCCUGGAAAAUACAUAACACCGCCCCUUUAACAUUCAGAAUGACAUAAUCAAAGUCCAGACCUGCAGUGCUCUAAACUGAUGUCAACAGAUGUUAUCUAUCCAACCUGACCCAGGUUGAGUUGUGCCGAAGAGAAAAAUCAGUUUUUAUGUUUGCAAAACUUGUAUCCCUCCUCCCAAAAAAAAAAAAAAAAGAAUGUAACUGCAGUAAAAGGCGGAUCUACAACGUUUUCCUUCCAGCUGGGGGUGCAGGCGGCACUAUGCUGUGUGACCUGCUCUGCCCUGAUUUCUCAGAAUCUGAACUCCAUGCUCUCUGGCCAAAAUGUCAUCAAUCCGUUAAAGUCCUCUCCCGGCCUGCGUGAAUAGCUUGACUGGUAGGGAUGGCUCCAGAUUCAAAGGAGGGUUCACCUCUCAUUCAGGAACAGUGGAAGCAUUCCUCUGCAGUAAGAGCAGCAGCAGCGGGAUGUGGGGGUCAGGGAGAUGCUGAUGUUUUUUAUUGUGGUUUUUUUUCUUUUCUUCCCUCAAUCAGUUCAGAACUGAAGUAGCAGCGUGAAUGUCGGUUAUCAUCAGGCAGCCGGUGGAAGAGUUUUUAAAGUCUUUCUCGGAUGGUGGCGGCUGCUGGUGGGUUUUUAUUAUUAUUUUUAAUUUAAAGAGCCAGGCAGGCAGCAGGGAGGGGCUCCUUCUCUACUGAAGCGCAACAGCAGCAGCAGUAGCAGCAGCAGCAGCUUCAGUCCAUCUCUGCGCUAAAACCCACAGUGAGUCAGCUGAGCUGCGCGCCGGUCCGCUCCGAUGAAUGAAUGACAGCGAGAAGAAGGAGAGGCAGCCGGGAGGUGUGGAGAGGGAGGAAGAGGGUAUUUGGUGGGGGUGGGAAGCCUGCGUGAUCUGGGAUGCAACUCUGGAGAGUCUGGCAUGGAAAAGCCGAGGUACCGGAGCGAGCUUGUUGACGCAUAAUCCCACCCGCCCCGCUGGCACAGGGAGGGGGGAAAAUCUAGCCUAAACUCAAAUCCUUCAGAAGAGAUUUACGGGGCUGCCGCUGCGGGUUCAACCUUUCAGAAGACGCAACAUUUCUCUCAUUUUUUCUUCGUCUCUCUCUCUCUACCACCUCCGCAUAUUAUCUGGUGACUAUCUACUAUUUUAGCACAUUUUUUUUUCUUUUUUGGAUACUUGAACCAGAAGACCAAGUGCGCAGUGAUACGAAUUAAGGUGUUAAAAAAAAAAAAAACCUUCAACUGGAACCGACACGAUCUCUCUUCUCUGGAUUGAUACGACGCGGACAGGACCAGCCUCACAUAUCCCACACGUCCCCUCUCGUCAUCCCAGGUAGUAUUUGAUCUCGAUCCGUGUCGAUUGUGUACCGGGGAUCCGGAGCCACGAUGACAGGCCCCCCGCUGGUCCCUCGGCCCGCCUGCUGACGGUACCGGGCAGGAUGGGAGCAGGUCUGCCGCUAUUAGGAUCUCGAACCAGCCGAUUCAUCAAUGGAGGAGGAGAGUGACACCCGGAAAAUCAACAACAGCUUCCUUCGCGACCACAACUAUGCAACCGAAGCUGACAUUAUCUCAACGGUGGAGUUUAACUCAACGGGGGAGCUGUUGGCCACCGGGGAUAAAGGAGGAAGAGUGGUUGUCUUCCAGAGGGAGCAGGAGAGUAAGACGCAACCCCAUCGCCGAGGGGAGUACAAUGUUUACAGCACAUUCCAGAGUCACGAGCCCGAGUUCGACUACCUGAAGAGUUUGGAGAUCGAGGAGAAGAUCAACAAGAUCAAAUGGCUGCCUCAGCAGAACGCAGCGUACUUCCUGCUCUCCACCAACGACAAGACCGUGAAGCUGUGGAAGAUAAGCGAACGGGACAAGCGUCCGGAAGGAUACAACCUGAAGGAUGAGGACGGACGGUUCCGGGACCCGUCCACCAUCACCACGCUGCGGGUGCCAGUGCUGCAGCCGAUGGAUUUGAUGGUGGAGGCGACAGCCAGGCGUGUCUUCAGCAACGCCCACACGUACCAUAUCAACUCCAUCUCUGUCAACUCCGACCUGCAGACCUUCAUCUCCACCGAUGACCUCCGGGUGAACCUGUGGAACCUGGAGAUCACCGACCGCAGCUUCAACAUCGUAGACAUCAAGCCAGCCAACAUGGAGGAGCUGACGGAGGUCAUCACCUCGGCCGAGUUUCAUCCCCAGCAGUGUCACACCUUCGCCUACAGCAGCAGCAAAGGCUCCAUACGCCUCUGUGACAUGAGGCAGGCGGCGCUCUGCGACAAGCACUGCAAAUACUUCGAAGAGCCGGAGGAUCCGUCGACGCGUUCCUUUUUCUCAGAAAUCAUCUCAUCCAUCUCCGACGUAAAGUUCAGCCACAACGGGCGCUACCUGAUGACAAGGGACUACCUCACUGUCAAGGUGUGGGACCUCCAGAUGGAGAACAAACCACUCGAAACCUACCAGGUUCACGACUACCUGCGGGGCAAACUUUGUUCUCUGUACGAGAACGACUGCAUCUUUGACAAGUUUGAGUGCGUCUGGAAUGGAUCGGACAGCGUCAUAAUGACGGGCUCCUACAACAACUUCUUCCGAAUGUUCGACCGGAACACCAAGCGGGACGUCACGCUGGAGGCCUCGAGAGAGAACAGCAAACCCCGAGCGAUCCUGAAGCCUCGCAAGGUGUGUGUAGGUGGGAAACGUCGCAAGGAUGAGAUCAGCGUAGACAGCCUGGACUUCAGCAAGAAGAUCCUCCACACGACGUGGCAUCCGCAUGAGAACAUCAUCGCCGUGGCGGCCACCAACAACCUCUACAUCUUCCAGGACAAAGUGAACUAGGAAAAAGAAAAAAAAGACAGUCUGCCCCAAAUUAUGAAACCUCCCAGGACCCAAACAUAAUGUGAAGGGCUGCUGUCUUAAACCCACCCCACCUCCCAAAAAAACAAAACAAAAGAAAAACCCCAGACUCUACUUUAAGAGAGUCGUGUCCAUACACUGACGUAAGAAAGUGGACAGUGAAACGGACACAAUUCGUGGAAAAGGCUUCAUUCCAAGAAAAUGACUCCUAAUUUAAUUUAUUCAGCCAUGCGGACAACAGAAGGAUCGAAUCACGUGCGUUUAUGCAACACGAAGGACCGCUGCAUGAAUAAUGUUUUGUAGCAGCCCUCUGGACCCUGAAGAAACAGGCGGAUAGGGGAGCGGUGAAUUUUCAAACAGAGCACAGAGACGGAAAGCCAGCUCACGUGACGGUGGCUCUUCUUCAUGUAGCGUCGGCGCCCGAUCCCUCUCUGACCCCCCGUAACCCCGGCGUUUCAGCCCGCUCGAGCUGCAGCGCAUGCGAUGAAUCCUGCGGCCUCCGUCUGAGGUCGAGCACAGGACAACGCAGAAAGACGAAGAAGAGACUGUUAAUAAUGCCUGACCCCCCCAGAAACUGCACGCAGCACGGUCAGUCUCACCGGUUUUCCCGUCUCGUUGCUGAGACGUCUGUAGUCUGCGACACGAAUGAAGCCCUUCCAGGCGGCGAGAGUCGAUGGUUUUGUUUAAAGCCGUUCGUUUCGUCCUUCUCUCGGUUGGUGAGUCUGUGUAGAAGCUGUGGUGCCUUCUUUUGGUAUGUGGGGCUUCGAUGUAUUUGGGUGUGGGAGGGAGGGCAAGGGACUGUGUGAAUGUUUUAAAUUAAAUGUUAACUUAGGGUGUUUUGUUUGUUUGUUUAUUUUUUUCCCCUCUCUCUUUCUUAACCAAUGAAAAUGAACGUAAGAACAAAAAAGUUUCAUUAAAAUCGCAAAUGGAAAAAGUUUUGCAAGUAAUAACAAGGAGAAGAUUACGGAAGAAGAUUAGGGCCACCGCAAAAAAAAAAAAAAGAAUUCUGACUUUAUUCUCAGAAUUCUGACUCUAAAGUCAGAAUUUAUUUAUUUAUUUUUCUCGUUGGCCCUAAUCGUCUUCCGUAGAAGAUGCUGUGUUUUGUACAGAGGAACCGCUGUGUGUUGGAUGUUGGCGAUUGCUCAGAGAAACAAUAAAGCCACAACCUUUC